UUGUUUGGGGCUAUCAGAGGUAUCUGUUAUAAUUUGAUUCUUGCUGGAUUCAUAAGGUUCCUCGUCUAUGGGUUGCUCCAGCUCACUGGUUGGCUGUUUGUGCUCGUCAACGCCGUUUUCUUUUCUGGUCGUAUUGAUUGUUAUUUGUUUUGGUUUCUUGUCUUUUUAGUUUCCUCUAUUAUUUCGUGUUUUCUUGCUUCACUUUGCUCUCAGAUUGUACUCUUUUUUUUUUUUUUCCUUCCUGUUUCGUUAUAUGAAGAGCAUCUUUGUCAAAAAAGAAAAAAAAAAAAAAAAAUCUGACUGUUGACAUUUUAUGCGUGCCAUUAUUUUCCUCCUACGUUUUUUAUUUUUUAUUUUUCGUUUUUUUUGGUUUAGUUUUGGCCCUUUGUAGCUCUCCGCUUCGCUUUUAUGCUGCACCUCCCUUUCUAUCUCCCCAGUUUCCAUUGAAGCGUAUUUCGAGUCUUUCAUUGAAGCAGCUUCUAAGCUUACUCUCCUCCAUCGAAGCAUUUCCCGAGGAAUGGGAACUUGCUGAAAACUUUUCUUGGGUAUUUAUUUUGCCGCGAUAGUUCAUUUGGAAAAGGCAAUUGAUUUAUAUAUAUAAGUAAUCCAUGGGGGAUAUACAAUUAUCUGGAAAACCAAUUGAUUCUCUCUUGGAGAAGGUCCUGUGUAUGAACAUUCUUUCUUCGGAUUAUUUCCGUGACCUUUAUCGUUUGAAGACAUACCAUGAGGUGAUUGAUGAGAUAUACAAUCAAGUUGAUCAUGUGGAGCCGUGGAUGACUGGAAACUGCCGGGGACCUUCUACGGCUUUUUGUCUGUUGUACAAGUUUUUUACCAUGAAGCUAACUGCCAAGCAAAUGCAUGGGCUAUUGAAGCAUCCAGAUUCUCCUUACAUUAGAGCUGUUGGAUUCUUAUACCUUAGGUAUGCAGCAGACCCAAAAACAUUGUGGACCUGGUUUGAACCAUAUAUUCAAGAUGAUGAGGAGUUUUCGCCAGGUUCUAGUGGAAAGAUGACCACUAUGGGUGUGUAUGUGCGGGACUUACUUCUUGGACAGUAUUACUUUGACACCCUUUUCCCUCGUAUCCCUGUAACUGUAGUGCGGCAAGUUGUCUCCCACCUUGAAAAGAUGAAGCUCCCGACGAAGUCAUCAGGUUCAAUUGGAGAGAAUAGUCGGCUUGGAUCUGAGGAUACUGCACGUCGUCCUCCUUCUGUUAAGGCAGCUCUUUCUGUUUCUUUUGGACAACGUGCUCCACAUCGGGCAUCAACUCGAGACUCUUCUCCUGUUCGCCGUGCUGUACCCCCACCUCCUUAUGAUCGAGGUGGUAGCGAUGAUCCCCGGAGGUCUCCUAGCAGGCAUCGUAGUCAGAGCCGUGAUUUGUCUGACAGAGAGUAUUUUGACAGGGAUGUGGGGAAAGGGAGGAGCCGUGACCAGGAUCGAGAUCGGGACCGAGAUCGCUACCGGGACAGAGACUUCUGGGACCGUGAUAGGGACAGAGAAAGAAGCCAUGAUAGAGAAAGAGAUUAUGACAGAGAGAGAGACCGCAGGCGUGGUUAUGAUAGAAGCAGGUAUUCUGAAAGAGAUGGCAGCAGAAGGGAUAGAGACGAUUAUGAUGAUUACCACUCUCGAAGGAGCAGGAGUAGAAGUAGGAGCAAAAGCCGGAGGUCUCCAUCUCCUGUUCGUACAGAGCGUUUUGAUCAUUAUUCAAGCACUAACAGUGAUAAAAGCAAAGAAAAAGAGAGAACGUCAGCAUCAAGCAAUCUCGCCAAGCUCAAGGACCUUUAUGGUGAUUUAGGUAACCAGAAAGGUGAUGCAAGCAUGGAAAGAGGGUACACCAAGGAUAGUGGUGCUGAAGAGGUUAUUAGAUUAGGGGGUGCUCGCUGGAAGUGAUGCGCAUGUUUCUGUGCCAGUUCAGUUGAGAAACUAUGUCACACUCUGCGCUAGAUGUGAUUUGUCCCAUUUUAGGAUCGGUAGGACCAUAAACAGAGAUCUUUCUAUGUUCCAACAAUUGUGAUGCAAUUUACUGUUGUAUAUUUGAUGUUCACAUAAAAUUUCAUUAAUUUAUGCUUCAUGGGUUUUUAUAAAAUUGUGGUGGUGUUAGGCCUGUCGCCAAACAA